AGCAAACGGAAGUAUCGAUCCCGCAACGAUAGUAUCGAUACGAAUCGGAAGUCGGAUCGAUCCGCCCAGCAGCAAGCCUAGGCCGCCGCAGUGGAGAAAAGAUGGCACAGAGGCAGAAGAAGAGGAGCCUCGUCUGGAGCUAUUUCACCUGUGUGGACGAAAAUGUCGCAAACUGCAAUGUGUGUAGUAAAUGCGUUCGCUACUGUGGCAACACCACCAAUUUAUUCAAACACUUAAGAAACCACAAUGUAGAGAACAACGAACUGCAAAAGAAACGGAGUAAAGAAGCCGAGGAAAAGCCCAAAGAGGCACCCCCAGCCCAGAGCCAGACCCCAUGGGCAGACUUACUUCAGAAAGAAGUGGAGUACACAGCCCCGAUCUCGGAGAGCGACGAGUCAUCGGAGCGCAUCGGAUACAUCACCCGAGUUCAAAGCUUCAGCGCCUGUCACCGACUCCACAGUGGAGGUUACUGUGCGUGGAAAGAUCGAUCACAUAACUGGCAUGGUCAUGAACAUUGCAGACUUGAAGACGUGUAUUGAGUCAGUCAUUAUGGAUCCACUGGACCACAAAAACUUGGAUAAAGAUGUCCCUUACUUUGCCGAUGUUGUCAGUACAACAGAAAAUGUUGCUGUUUACAUCUGGGACAACAUGACGAAGCUCCUUCCUGCCAACCUGCUUUAUGAGAUCAAGAUUUACGAGACAGACAAAAACAUUGUCAUAUACCGAGGAGAGUGAACACCUGGGUGAAACUACGACCCACGUUUGCUUUAGUUGUAUUGACAGUGCUGUUUAUUGCUGUUUGGGUAACUGCACUGUUUCACUUGAAUGGAUUUACCCGGACCACAAAACAUUUGGAGAAUUCAGGUGAUGUUGAUCUCUCUAAAGCUCAAAGUUUGUGCAGAGGCUCAUAAAGUUUAGUUUAGUAUUCUAGGUGAAUUGUUUAUUUUUGUCAGUUCAAAAUAUAUAGACCAGUGAUCUCCAGCAUUUUAGAGUUGUAAAUCCUACAGAAAGUUACACAAUUGUUGCAUCAUCUUAUUGACUGAAUGUAGGUACUGUUCACGUGAUUUGAUAUAUUUAAAAAUAUACUGACAGAAAACUGUCUGACAGUUAUUAGUGGAAACAUUUUUAGAGAUGUUGAACAACCUUUUUUGGUGUACUAGUCUAACUAAAAUUUUAGAAACAAUGACUUUAUAAUUWAUUUUGUACAUACUAAUUGUCACCUAGAAUUUUUUUUCCUCUGUUUUGUUUUGUCUCCAGCAUGUCGCCAUUUAAUUUUGAUGCUGCACUUAAUAACUGACAAUAAAAUGUUAGACAUUUUUCAAAAGAACUACAGUUGUUUGUAACUGAUCUGUUGAUUUUGUAGACAGUCUCGCCACAAAGGCCAUACUYGUACAGUUCAAAGUGAAAUGGUAAAUAAAAUGUAUUACUGGCUGGGUUUGCUUCCCCAACUGAAAAAGUAAAAACAGUAUAAUACAGUAUAUAUGGCACAUAUWUUGUGUGUAUUAUAUUCACAAACACUAGAAUGAUAUAAGACAUAUUUAAAAUAAGAUUAUUGCAUUAAAAGUAGUAAUUUCAAGUCUAAAACACUCCAGAUGUGCAACAUAGACAAGAUUGAUAUUUCCCUAGUUAUCACUAAUUGAACUUUAGUUAUUUUGCUGAUCUUGUUGAGUUAACUGCUGAUACAUAAAAACAGUUUUUAAAUUUG